GCUGCGUUAUAUCAUUGAAAAAAUCAACAAGCCGCAGAACGCUUCGUAAAAACCUGGCAACCUGACUGACUGUCCAAAAAAAGAAGAGACCUUAACAAUCAGUGAUUCAGUGGCAGGCGUCAGCCCAAGAGCUCUGACCGCAUUCUCCCCCCGAUCCCGCUUCCGCUCUUCACCACUUACCUACCUUGCCUCACUUCUCGACAGCCCGUUGUAUCUGCCCCGCCGCCGCAGUCUAUCACAAUGUCGAACCUCAACUCGUGGGAAGACGACCCUUCGGCCCAGGACGAUAACCUGUCGCGCCAAGCCCAGCAACAGCUCAACCUCAACCAGCAGCAAAACCCCCAGGCCGGCGCCUUCCGUCCUGGAGCGUCCUCCUUCACCCCUGGAGUUCAGGCGUUCCAGCCCGGUCAGCAAUACGGCGGUUACGCUCCCCAAUACCAGCAGUACUACAAUCAGGGCUACGGCGGUGCCGCUGGUGCUGCUGGUGCCGGUGGCUUCCCCCAGUAUGGUGGUCAGGGCCAACAGGCCUUCAACCAAUAUGGACAGGGCAACUAUGGUGGCUAUGGCCAGCAGGGCUAUCAGCAAGCCUACGGCCAGGGCUACCCCCAGUACGGUCAGCAGCAGCAACAACAACAACAACAAACCCAGCCUAAGCCCGCCCCUACCAUCGCCAAGCGCCCGGCUGAUGCCACGGCAUCCGGCUCCGAUGUGCCCGCGCCUCAGUCUCAGCCUACAGUAAAGAAGGAGGGCGGUGCCAAAGUCUUGAGCAUCGGCGGCGAUGCUCCCAAGCCCAAAGCCAAGGUCCUUUCCAUCGGUGGCACUGUUCCGCCUAAGAAAGAAGAGAAGAAAGAGGAGCCUACAAAGGCGGCCGCUGGCGCCGAGGCUGGAGCCAAGGCUACGGCGACCAAAGCGAUCGAGAAGACGGGAGCUUCCACCACUAAGUCUGGCAAGACCUCCCCCUCUCCCUCAUCCGGCCGCUCGAGUCCCUCCGCGGGUGACAAGAAGGCUGCCGUGAGAGACGUCGAUGCCGUCCAGAAGGAGCAGACUGCCGACGUUGAUGAGGCGACCCUCAAGGAGAUCUACGGAAAGGAGCACGUCAACAUCAUUUUUAUCGGCCACGUCGACGCAGGAAAAUCCACCCUGGGCGGUUCCAUCCUCUACAACACGGGAAUGGUUGACGAGCGGACAAUGGAAAAGUACAAAAAGGAAGCCAGGGAACUCGGUAACCCGUCUUGGUACCUCUCCUGGGUCAUGGACUUGAACAAGGAGGAAAGAUCCCAGGGCAAGACGAUCGAGGUCGGCAGAGGCUACUUUGAGACCGAGGUGCGACGAUACAGUAUUCUCGACGCACCGGGCCAUAAGACCUACGUGCCCAACAUGAUUGGUGGCGCCUCGCAGGCUGACGUUGGUAUAUUGGUCAUUUCCGCCCGUAGGGGGGAGUACGAGACCGGGUUCGAGCGUGGUGGCCAGACCAGAGAGCACGCCAUGCUUGCUAAGACUCAGGGUGUCAACAAGCUGAUUGUUGCCAUCAACAAGAUGGACGACGCCACUGUCGAGUGGUCGCACGAGCGAUACCAGGAGUGCACGUCCAAGCUGUCCCAAUUCCUCAAGGGCACCGGCUAUAACCUGAAGACAGACGUCUUUUUCAUCCCCGUCGCCGCCCAGCAGUCGAUCAACAUCAAGGAGAGGAUUCCCAAGGGGACGGCCGACUGGUACGAUGGUCCCUCAUUGCUUGAGUACCUCGACGGUAUGAAGGCUCUGGAGCGCAAGGUCAACGCGCCUUUCAUGAUGGCCGUCUCAGGCAAGUACCGCGACAUGGGCACCAUGAUUGAGGGCAAGAUUGAGGCGGGUGUGAUCAAGAAGGGCAUGUCCCUCGUCAUGAUGCCCAACAAGCAGAGCGUGGAUGCCUCGGCCAUCUACGGCGAGACUGAAGAGGAGGUGCAGGUUGCGCAGUGCGGCGACCAGGUUCGCAUCCGUCUCAGAGGCAUUGAGGAGGAAGACAUUAUGCCAGGAUUCGUCUUGUGCUCGCCCAAGCGCUUGGUGCACAACGUGCAGACUUUUGAGGCGCAGAUCCGCAUCCUGGAGCUGAAGAGCAUUUUGUCGGCAGGGUUCAACUGCGUGCUGCACGUCCACGCCGCCAUCGAAGAAGUGACUUUCGCCGCUUUGCUGCACAAGCUGCAAAAGGGUACCAACCGCAAGAGCAAGCUGCCGCCUUCGCACGCAAAGAAGGGCGACAGCAUUAUCGCUCGUCUGCAAGUCAUUGGUGGUGCCGGCUCGGUGUGCAUUGAGAAGUUCGAGGACUACCCGCAAAUGGGUCGCUUCACCCUCAGAGACCAGGGGCAAACCAUUGCCAUUGGCAAGAUCACGAAGCUGAUCACUGAUGAAACGUCUUAAAUCGAAGUCAGAUGACGCGAAACCAUAGAGCCGACUCAGGGCGGGAGGAUCGAGCUGAGUGUCUUGGAGAUAGCAGUCGGCAGAAAAGCAUUUGCUCAGCAGCGGUAACGAGGAAGAAUGAAUAUGUUCUGGACCACGGCCAGCAUGCAUAAAGAUAGGCUUGAAUGGUGUAAAAAGAGGACAGGGCGAAGGCGACGUCAUGGGGUGAAGGCGGCAAUGCCGUGACACGGACGGGCCACGACACGACAGACUCGGCAUGACAGGACCGACCGCUGGUGCAUUUCGCAGGAGGAUAGGAAGAUGGAUGUAAAACCAAAAAUCAAUCUCAAACCCUACAAGACAUGCGCAUGAC